AUGGCAAUCAAGACAGACAUGAGCAAAGCCUAUGAUAGGGUGGAGUGGAAUUUUCUUGAAGCCUUGAUACUUAAGAUGGGUUUUUCUGACCAAUGGGUGUCUUGGAUCAAAUCAUGUAUUUCGUCGGUAUCAUACCAAGUACUGCUUAAUGGAGAGGCAAAAGGACAUAUACAACCCACAAGAGGUCUAAGACAAGGCGACCCACUAUCACCAUUCCUGUUCAUCAUCCUCACAGAAGCCCUAGUGGCACAAAUCAGGGGAGCAGAAGAAGAAGGCAGGCUAACAGGUCUCAAGAUAGCAAGGAACAGUCCCCCAAUCUCACAUCUUAUAUUUGCUGAUGAUAGUCUCUUCUUUUGCAAAGCUGACACUGCACAAUGUGCUGAACUAAAGCGGAUUAUUGAGUCAUAUGGACAAGCUUCGGGCCAACUCCUUAACGCCUCAAAGUCUUCAGUAUUCUUUGUAAAAAAGUCCCACCUGAUAUACGUAUUGUGCUGA